AUGUCUGGUCCUCCCGGCGAGCGCGCGGGAGGUGCAACGUCCUCCCGGCGAGCACGCGGGGGGUGCAACGACCUCCCGACGAGCGCGUGGGGGUUGCAACGACCUCCCGACGAGCGCGAGGGGGGUGCAACGUCCUCCCGGCGAGCGCGCGGGGGGUGCAACGUGCUCCCGGCGAGCGCGCGGGGGGUGCAACGUGCUCCCGGCGAGCGCGCGGGGGGUGCAACGUGCUCCCAGCGAGCGCGCGGGGGGUGCAACGUCCUCCCAGCGAGCGCGCGGGGGGUGCAACGUCCUCCCGUCGAGCGUGCGGGGGGUGCAACGUCCUCCCGGGGAGCGUGCGGGGGGUGCAACGUCCUCCCGGCGAGCGCGCGGGGGGUGCAACGACCUCCCGGCGAGCGCGCGGGGGGUGCAACGUCCUCCCGACGAGCGCGCGGGGGGUGCAACGUCCUCCCGGAGAGCGCGCGGGGGGUGCAACGUCCUCCCGGCGAGCGCGCGGAGGGUGCAACGUCCUCCCGGCUAGCGCGCGGGGGGUGCAGCGUCCUCCCGGCGAGCGCGCGGGGGGUGCAACGAGCCCCCGGCAAGCGCGCGGGGGGUGCAACGAGCCCCCGGCGAGCGCGCGGGGGGUGCAACGAGCCCCCGGCGAGCGCGCGGGGGGUGCAACGUCCUCCCGGCGAGCGCGCGGGGGGUGCAACGUCCUCCCGGCGAGCGCGCGGGGCGUCCAACGUCCUCCCGGCGAGCGCGCGGGAGGUGCAACGUCCUCCCGGCGAGCGCGCGGGGGGUGCAAUGACCUCCCGACGAGCGCGAGGGGGUUGCAACGACCUCCCGGCGAGCGCGCGGGGGGCGCAACGUCCUCCUGACGAGCGCGCGGGGGGUCGCGGGAGGUGCAACGUCCUCCCGGCGAGCGCGCGGGGGGUGCAACGAGCUCCCGGCGAGCGCGCGGGGGGUGCAACGAGCUCCCGGCGAGCGCGCGGGGGGUGCAACGAGCUCCCGGCGAGCGCGCGGGGGGUGCAACGUCCUCCCGGCGAGCGCGCGGGGGGUGCAACGUCCUCCCGGCGAGCGCGCGGGGGGUGCAACGUCCUCCGGCGAGCGCGCGGGGGGUGCAACGUCCUCCCGGCGAGCGCGCGGGGGGUGCAACGACCUCCCGGCGAGCGCGCGGGAGGUGCAACGUCCUCCCGGCGAGCGCGCGGGGGGUGCAACGUCCUCCCGGCGAGCGCGCGGGGGUUGCAACGACCUCCCGGCGAGCGCGCGGGGGGUGCAACGUCCUCCCGGCGAGCGCGCGGGGGGUGCAACGACCUCCCGGCGAGCGCGCGGGGGGUGCAACGUCCUCCCGGCGAGCGCGCGGGGGGUGCAACGUCCUCCCGGCGAGCGCGCGGGGGGUGCAACGUCCUCCCGGGGAGCGCGCGGGGGGUGCAACGUCCUCCCGGGGAGCGCGCGGGGGGUGCAACGACCUCCCGGCGAGCGCGCGGGGAUUGCAACGAUCUCCCGACGAGCGCGAGGGGGGUGCAACGUCCUCCCAGCGAGCGCGAGGGGGGUGCAACGUGCUCCCGGCGAGCGCGCGGGGGGUGCAACGUGCUCCCGGCGAGCGCGCGGGGGGUGCAACGUGCUCCCAGCGAGCGCGCGGGGGGUGCAACGUGCUCCCGGCGAGCGCGCGGGGGGUGCAACGUGCUCCCGGCGAGCGCGCGGGGGGUGCAACGUGCUCCCGGCGAGCGCGCGGGGGGUGCAACGUGCUCCCGGCGAGCGCGCGGGGGGUGCAACGUCCUCCCGCCGAGCGCGCGGGGCGUGCAACGACCUCCCGGCGAGCGCGCGGGGGGUGCAACGACCUCCCGACGAGCGCGAGGGGGUUGCAACGACCUCCCGGCGAGCGGCGGCGCGCGGGGGGUGCAACGUCCUCCCGGCGAGCGCGCGGGGGGAGCAACGUCCUCCCGGCGAGCGCGCGGGGGGUGCAACGUCCUCCCGGCGAGCGCGCGGGGGGUGCAACGUCCUCCCGGCGAGCGCGCGGGGGGUGCACCGACCUCCCGGCGAGCGCGCGGGGGGUGCAACGUCCUCCCGGCGAGCGCGCGGGGCGUGCAACGUCCUCCCGGCGAGCGCGCGGGGGGUGCAACGUCCUCCCGACGAGCGCGAGGGGGUUGCAACGACCUCCCGGCGAGCGCGCGGCGCGCGGGGGGUGCAACGUCCUCCCGGCGAGCGCACGGGGGGAGCAACGUCCUCCCGGCGAGCGCGCGGGGGGUGCAACGUCCUCCCGGCGAGCGCGCGGGGGGUGCAACGUCCUCCCGGCGAGCGCGCGGGGGGUGCAACGUCCUCCCGGCGAGCGCGCGGGGGGUGCAACGUGCUCCCGGCGAGCGCGCGGGGGGUGCAACGUGCUCCCGGCGAGCGCGCGGGGGGUGCAACGUGCUCCCGGCGAGCGCGCGGGGGGUGCAACGUGCUCCCGGCGAGCGCGCGGGGGGUGCAACGUCCUCCCGGCGAGCGCGCGGGGGGUGCAACGUGCUCCCGGCGAGCGCGCGGGGGGUGCAACGUCCUCCCGGCGAGCGCGCGGGGGGUGCAACGUCCUCCCGCCGAGCGCGCGGGGCGUGCAACGACCUCCCGGCGAGCGCGCGGGGGGUGCAACGACCUCCCGACGAGCGCGAGGGGGUUGCAACGACCUCCCGGCGAGCGGCGGCGCGCGGGGGGUGCAACGUCCUCCCGGCGAGCGCGCGGGGGGAGCAACGUCCUCCCGGCGAGCGCGCGGGGGGUGCAACGUCCUCCCGGCGAGCGCGCGGGGGGUGCAACGUCCUCCCGGCGAGCGCGCGGGGGGUGCACCGACCUCCCGGCGAGCGCGCGGGGGGUGCAACGUCCUCCCGGCGAGCGCGCGGGGCGUGCAACGUCCUCCCGGCGAGCGCGCGGGGGGUGCAACGUCCUCCCGACGAGCGCGAGGGGGUUGCAACGACCUCCCGGCGAGCGCGCGGCGCGCGGGGGGUGCAACGUCCUCCCGGCGAGCGCGCGGGGGGAGCAACGUCCUCCCGGCGAGCGCGCGGGGGGUGCAACGUCCUCCCGGCGAGCGCGCGGGGGGUGCAACGUCCUCCCGGCGAGCGCGCGGGGGGUGCAACGUCCUCCCGGCGAGCGCGCGGGGGGUGCAACGUCCUCCCGGCGAGCGCGCGGGGGGUGCAACGUCCUCCCGGCGAGCGCGCGGGGGGUGCAACGUCCUCCCGGCGAGCGCGCGGGGGGUGCAACGUCCUCCCGGCGAGCGCGCGGGGGGUGCAACGUCCUCCCGGCGAGCGCGCGGGGGGUGCAACGUCCUCCCGGCGAGCGCGCGGGGGGUGCAACGACCUCCCGGCGAGCGCGCGGGGGGUGCAACGUCCUCCCGGCGAGCGCGCGGGGGGUGCAACGUCCUCCCGGCGAGCGCGCGGGGGGUGCAACGUCCUCCCGGCGAGCGCGCGGGGGGUGCAACGUCCUCCCGGCGAGCGCGCGGGGGGUGCAACGACCUCCCGGCGAGCGCGCGGGAGGUGCAACGACCUCCCGGCGAGCGCGAGGGGGGUGCAACGACCUCCCGGCGAGCGCGCGGGGGGUGCAACGACCUCCCGGCGAGCGCGCGGGGGGUGCAACGUCCUCCCGGCGAGCGCGCGGGAGGUGCAACGACCUCCCGGCGAGCGCGCGGGGGUUGCAACGACCUCCCGGCGAGCGCGCGGGGGGUGCAACGUCCUCCCGGCGAGCGCGCGGGGGGUGCAACGUCCUCCCGGCGAGCGCGCGGGGGGUGCAACGUCCUCCCGUCGAGCGCGCGGGGGGUGCAACGUCCUCCCGGCGAGCGCGCGGGGGGUGCAACGUCCUCCCGGCGAGCGCGCGGGUGGUGCAACGUCCUCCCGGCGAGCGCGCGGGGGGUGCAACGUCCUCCCGGCGAGCGCGCGGGAGGUGCAACGACCUCCCGGCGAGCGCGCGGGGGUCGCAACAUCCUCCCGGCGAGCGCGCGGGGGGUGCAACGAGCUCCCGGCGAGCGCGCGGGGGGUGCAACGAGCUCCCGGCGCGCGCGCGGGGGGUGCAACGAGCUCCCGGCGAGCGCGCGGGGGGUGCAACGUCCUCCCGGCGAGCGCGCGGGGGGUGCAACGUCCUCCCGGCGAGCGGGCGGGGGGUGCAACGUCCUCCCGGCGAGCGCGCGGGGGGUGCAACGUCCUCCCGGCGAGCGCGCGGGGGGUGCAACGUCCUCCCGGCGAGCGCGCGGGAGGUGCAACGACCUUCCGGCGAGCGCGCGGGGGGUGCAACGUCCUCCCGGCGAGCGCGCGGGGGGUGCAACGUCCUCCCGGCGAGCGCGCGGGGGGUGCAACGACCUCCCGACGAGCGCGAGGGGGUUGCAACGACCUCCCGGCGAGCGCGCGGGGGUUGCAACGACCUCCCGACGAGCGCGUGGGGGGUGCAACGACCUCCCGGCGAGCGCGCGGGGGGUGCAACGUCCUCCCGGCGAGCGCGCGGGGGGUGCAACGUCCUCCCGGCGAGCGCGCGGGGGGUGCAACGUCCUCCCGCUCUGCAAGGUGUAAUUGA